AUUGAAAGUGCACUGACUAGAAGAAGAGAUACUUGAAAAUGUUUGUGUUUUAAGAGGAACGAUCACACAAAGCUGUGCUUGAAAAGUCCAGCUAUGUCAACAGCAGAACCUAAAAUCCAUACUGACUUCUAUGAAUAUCAUGGCUACUAUGACGAUUAUGGAAAUGAUUCGGCAUUAAUUUACUUAUGUGAGAAUCAUGAACCCAAUGCAUUUGGAGCCACUCUGACACCAGUUUUGUUCAGCCUCACCUUUAUUAUCAGCCUGGCUGGGAAUGCCCUAGUUUUGUGGGUCCUGGUGAGAUAUGAGAGGCUGAAGACUGUGACGGACAUCUUCAUUCUGAAUCUGGUCACCUCCAAUUUACUCUUCACCUUCUCGCUCCCUUUCUGGGCUGUGGAUCACACGAGAGGAUGGAUCUUUGGCAAGGUCAUGUGCAAAAUCAUGAGUUCAAUUUUCUUCAUUGGCUACUACAGUGGGAUCAUGUUGCUGACACUGAUGACCAUCGAUCGAUAUUUUAUUGUAGUCCAUCCUCUGCCUGCUGUCAGAAUCAGGAAGGUCUCCUAUGCCAUAGCAGCCAGCUCAGUCGUUUGGGGAAUUAGUAUGGCAGCAACAGUCCCUGAGAUGAUCUUCUCUGAUAUUGUGGGUCAUGAGGAGAACAGGCUGUACUGUAUCAGUGACUAUCCACCUGAGAGUGCUCAAAUAUUGGAACUGUUGGGCUAUUAUCUGCAAAAUAUCUUGUUCUUCUUCAUCCCCUUUGUUGUUAUUGUGUUCUGUUAUUGGAGAAUUCUCAACACUGUCAUUAGAUGCAAAGCCAAGAAGAAACACAAGACAGUGAAACUUAUCUUGUGGAUUGUGGUGGUGUUCUUUGUGUGCUGGACACCUUACAAUGUGGUCAUCCUCCUGUUCUCUUUGGUAACAUUGAAAGUCCCGGCGUUCGAAACCUGUGAGAUGAACAUCCACUUGACUUACAUGUUUUACAUUUCCCGGGACCUGGCUUAUUGCCACUGUUGUCUCAACCCCUUCUUUUAUGCUUUUGUGGGGACAAAGUUCAGAAACCAUUUAACUUUGAUCCUCAGGAAGUAUUUUCCUCAGAUGGGGAUCCAUAAGCCACCGAGACACAGACGCAGAAGCCAUUAUCUGAGCAGUUCAACUGACUAUUCCAAUGCUUCUUCCACAUUUAACACAUAUCUUUAACUUGUUCAUAGGCCAGUGCAAAUUGAAACAAGAGAUUUCAAUUGUUUGCGCCCAUUGAUAAAUCCAAACAAUUCAUUUACGGUGUGGAUUAACUAGGAGAAAGUGAGCACUGCAGAUGCUGGAGAGCAGAGUCGAGAGUGUGGUGCUGGAAAAA